CCGGGUUCCAGCAGGUGUACCUGGAGCCGCUGCUCAAGUUCCACGAGAGCCUGCGGCGCCUGCGGCUGCACGAGGCCGAGUACGCGCUGCUCCAGGCCAUGCUGCUCUUCUCACCAGACCACGCUGGCAUCGCCCAGCGCGAGGCCAUCGACCAGUUCCAGGAGAAGGUGGCGCUGACCCUCAAGAGCUACAUCGACCACCAGCACCCCCCCGAGGAGGGCAGGUUCCUGUACGCCAAGCUGCUGCUGCUGCUGACGGAGCUGCAGACGCUGAAGGUGGAGAACACGCGGCAGAUCCUGCACAUCCAGGACCUGUCGGCCAUGACGCCGCUGCUCUCCGAGAUCAUCAGCUGAGCACGGUCCCCCGUGUCACCCUCCUGUCCCCAAGUGUCACCCCCAGCUGCCUCCAGGCACAGAGUAAAGCUCCUUUAUUUAUCCUGGCUCCCGGGCGUGUCACCGCGGGGAAACUGAGG